CUCUAUAGUUUUCUUUUACUAGUUUCGUAGUUGGACUGACAUCUGUCGUCGUUUUAGAUAUAACAAGGUUUUAGGAUUGACUAAACAAAUAGGAAAAAUGUUAUUUCGAAUUGUACCUGCAUUUUUGGUUGCCCUUUUCGUGUUCGCACGGGGAGAUGAAGAAGUGAAGACUGAAGAUGAUGUUUUAAUUCUGACAGACUCAAAUUUUGAUGGCGUUAUUGAAAAAAACAGUAUGGUUCUUGUUGAAUUCUAUGCUCCAUGGUGUGGACAUUGCAAAGCUCUGGCCCCCGAAUAUGCCAAAGCUGCCAAGAAAUUGCUCGAGAAAGAAAUGGCACCAAAACUGGGAAAAGUUGAUGCUACCGUAGAGAAAACAUUAGCAGAAAAAUAUAAGGUCCAAGGAUAUCCUACCUUGAAGUUUUUCAAAAAUGGCGUUCCAUUAGAAUAUCAAGGAGGACGUACUGCUGAUGAAAUUGUUACCUGGCUCGAAAAGAAGACAGGACCACCAUCCAGAGAACUUAAAACUAAAGAGGAAUUGGAAAAAUUCCAGGGAGACAAUGAUGUCUGUGUUGUUGCUUUCUUUCCUGAUGCUGAAAGCUCAAAUUCUAAAGUGUACAUAGAAGUGGCUGAUGGAAUGGAUGAUGUUAGCUUUGCUCAUAUUUCUGAUGCUGCAGUCGCCAAAGAAGCUGGUAUCGGUGAAAAUAAAAUUGUUGUCUUCAGAAAGUUUGAAGAUGAAGAACCAAAAAUGGAAUAUGAAGGUUCUGGAACUGAGGCAGAUAGCGUCAGAGAUUUCAUCAAGGGUAAUCAACUCCCUCUCGUUAGUGAAUUUACUCAAGAGUCUGCUCCUAAAAUCUUCGGUGGAGCAAUCACAACACACAAUCUUCUCUUUAUCAAAAAAUCUGACGAUGGCAGCAAGGAUCUUUUACAAAAAUUCAGAAAAGCUGCAGAAUCUUUCAAGGGCAAGGUACUUUUCAUUUACAUUGAUGCCGAUAUUGAAGAAAAUGCAAGAGUUAUGGAAUUCUUUGGUCUCUCACCAAAAGAUUGCCCGGACUAUCGUAUCAUCAAGAUGGAUGAAGACAUGGCCAAAUACAAGCCAGAAUCUACUGAAUUUACCACUGAAUCUAUCACUGAAUUCACACAAAAGGUUGUUGAUGGAAACAUCAAGCGUCACAUGAACACAGAGGAAAUUCCAGAAGAUUGGAACAAGAAACCUGUGCACGUUCUCGUCGGAAAGAACUUCAGAGAAGUUGCUUUUGAUGCUAAGAAGAAAGUUUUCGUUGAAUUUUAUGCUCCAUGGUGCGGUCAUUGCAAACAACUUGCUCCCAUCUGGGAUAAAUUGGGUGAAAAAUACGCCGAUAGAGAUGACAUCGUAAUUGCAAAGAUGGAUUCAACAGCCAACGAAGUCGAAGAAGUCAAAGUAUCGGGAUUCCCCACCCUCAAAUACUUCCCAGACGAUCAAGAAUCUAGUGUUGUUGAUUAUAACGGAGCAAGGACACUGGAGGCUAUGAUAAAGUUUAUUGAUUCCGACGGAAAAGAUGUAAGUGGUGGUGGCGAUGAAGAGGAUGAAGAAUUAGAAGAGGAGGAUAUUGAUGAAGAGGCCGAAGAUCAAGAACAAGAGGAAGUUGAGCAAACAACCGAUGGAAAAGAUGAAUUAUAAAAUGAAAUUAUUAGUCGUUUCGAUUUUUUGAGCGUUACGCCUGGGACUGUGAAGCAGCAAAAGAGUGUUAAAGCCCCUCAUGAAAUAGCAGUAAAUUUAGAUGAAGGCAUUUCUAUUUUGUUUUGAGAAGUGUGCCAUAGGAAUUCUUGACCCAUUUUUCGGUUUUACAAUUUUUUUUUUGUGCCAAGCCAGCUAUUUGCUCUAUUGCUCUGUUAACUUUAUUUAAAAGAGUCCCUUCAGAUUAAUAAGAUGUGCGAUUGACAGCAUGAAUAUUUGAAAUCUUUAUCUUGGUGUCUGUUCAGCAUCUAUGCAUUUAAUUUCUUGAAAUUUUGACGGGGAUUAAAUGAGGAAUUCGGAAA